AUGCCCAACCCGAACCAGACAGCGGUCGUACAUACCGCGUACGACGAAGAACCACCACACCCCGGAGAUCAAUGGACGAGAUUCGUAUGCGUCUCUGAUACACAUGGUCGAAAGUUCUCCGCCAUACCUUCUGGCGAUGUGUUGCUGCAUGCUGGCGACUUGAGUAGCUGGGGUUACACGAAGCACUUACGACCCACCCUCGAUUGGCUCAAGUCGUUACCGCACCCAAUCAAGGUCAUCAUUGCGGGGAACCACGAUCUGUGUUUAGAUGGGGCGUUGCGCAGAGAAUUCGGGGCAGGGUUUCUCGGCACGGUGAGCGCACUUCCUGACGCUCUGGAAGUAGCGCAAUCAGUGGUCCUAGGGAACGACGCUAAGGAAGCAGGUAUUAUAUAUCUCGAACAUGAGGCCUGCACCGUUACAUCGCAUUCGGGGAGAAAUUGGAAGAUCUACGGCUCGCCAGCAGCACCCGAGUAUGCUCAAGGUGCUUUUCAGUAUAGAACAGACGCUGAAGCCGAGGAGGUUCAUGCAAGGAUUCCUGAAGACACCGACAUUCUGCUGACACACACGCCCCCCCACAAAAUAUUAGACCAGACGCGAAAAGGCAUCAAUGCGGGUUGCAAACGACUCGCCCAGAGAAUGACAGAGCUGCAUGCUUGCCGGCUACACGUGUUCGGGCAUAUCCACGAAGCGACUGGUGCCCAAGUUAUCUCAGAUGGAGCGAUAAAUCGAGUCGCAGUGAAUGCUGCAAUGGGCUCACUGGGUUCGGACGCCAAAGCCAUCAUCGUCGAUCUCAGGAACUAG